GAGAAACUGGGGAGAGUGGGUGGCCGAACACUACAAAGGAAGUGCUUAAUAUCUGUAUGAAAUGUGGGGGGUGCAGGUGCAGCUAGAGCUAACUGAACUAACUACCAAUUUCGGAAUAGCUCCUCCAUCCUCAAGAAUAAAAAAAAAAAAACUUGCUGCAAUCUUCUCUUCACAUUACACAAGCAUAACUCAAAUUCUUCAUUUCUUCCCCAAUGGAAUCCUCUCUUCUUCUUCGAUCCUUCCAUUGUAACCUGCACACUCAAGGUUUGACUGCUGGGAGGAAGCUAAUAUCUUAUCCAGUAAAGAGAAAUCGAAGACUAGUAUCCUGUGUUAAAACAUCUGAAGCUCCUGCAAUAGCCAAGACUGACGAUUCCAAUAAACAAGGGUCAUUGGAGAAGAAUUCUCAACGAAAUGCAACUUUUCCAAAUGGAUUUGAAGCAUUGAUACUAGAUGUCUGUGACGAGACAGAGGUUGCUGAGCUGGAACUUAAGGUUGGGGACUUUGAAAUGCAUCUGAAGCGGAACAUUGGGGUUGCAAAAUCUCCCUUCACAUCAUCAACACCACUACCACCACCACCUAUUCCAACUCCACCAAUGGAGUUAUCAACAGCUGUUUCUCCAGCACCAUCGCCAUCUAAAUCCUCUGUCGAGAAAACCACUCCCUUUACAAAUGUCUCCUUUAGGAAGUCAUCUAAGUUAGCAGCAUUAGAUGCUUCUGGAGCUAGUGGAUAUGCUCUAGUUGCUUCUCCAACUGUUGGCUCAUUUCGAAGGAACAGAACGGUGAAAGGAAAGAAGCAGCCGCCUAUCUGCAAAGAGGGUGAUGUGAUUAAAGAAGGACAAGUGAUAGGAUAUUUGGAUCAAUUUGGCACUGAACUUCCUGUGAAAUCUGAUGUGGCGGGAGAAGUAUUAAAGCUCCUCUUCAAUGAUGGAGAUGCAGUUGGCUAUGGAGACCCUCUUAUAGCUAUCAUGACAUCAUUCCAUGUUAUCGACAAGUGACCGUACUGUCUCUGGCAACUUCGAUGCAAUUCUUGGGAAGCCCUGAACUGAAGGGCUGGAUAUUACGUCUGCUAUUUCUUUCCGUCUUGUGCUGGAGAUAAGGAGAUGGAGUUCUGUCGGUGUACUUGGGCGUUUAGGUCAGUUAAAUUGAUAUAAGAAUAAUUUGUUGAGCUUUCUAGGUUGUUAAGAGGAUUUUUUGUAUUUUUCAACCGCUCCUUUCUACUUCUUUUGUCUUA